AAUACUUAAUAGGCAAUUUCUUUCCUUAGAAUUCCAUAUUUUAUAGGUAAAGGCGACAAGGGGUUUGUUGCGUUUGAUGAAAGAAGCUCCACUCAGAAGUUAUCGUACCUUAACAAUGGCUCCUACUUUUCUUGGGUCUUUCCCUUUCAUCACCCCUGUUGGAAAUUGUUGGAGGAGUAAAAAGUGCAGCAAAAGUUACUAUGCAAAUUCUUACGUAAAAAAAGCUUCAUGGUAUAAAAUUGAGAAAAGCCAGAAUAAAGAUACUAUCGUGAGGCAUCAACAACAUAAUUUGAAGCAUCACUGUAGAGGCAAAGAGAUAGGAUUCACAUGCAAAGAAUGUGCCAGAAGUUAUGUGGUGAAUGCAGCCUCAGGAGAAUCAUUUGAAUUUGAACCUCAAGAUUCAAGUCAAAAAAGCAUUUGGGGCUCUAUCAAAGACUCUUUGGAUGCUUUCUACAGGUUUAGCAGGCCACACACAAUAAUUGGAACAGCAUUGAGUAUAAUUUCUGUGUCUCUCCUUGCAGUGGAGAAAUCAUCAGAUAUUUCUCCAGCAUUUUUUAUUGGUUUGUCGGAGGCCGUGAUAGCUGCCCUUUUUAUGAACGUUUAUAUUGUUGGCUUGAAUCAAUUAUCUGAUAUUGAAAUAGACAAGAUAAAUAAGCCGUAUCUUCCACUGGCUUCAGGGGAGUAUUCUUUCAGCACUGGUGUUAUUAUUGUUGCAUCAUUUUCAUUUUUGAGUUUUUGGCUUGCAUGGAUUGUAGGUUCAUGGCCAUUGUUUUGGGCUCUUUUCAUCAGUUUUGUACUUGGGACUGCUUAUUCAAUGGAUUUGCCCCUGUUGAGAUGGAAGAGAUUUGCAGUGGUUGCAGCCAUGUGCAUCCUAGCUGUUCGAGCAAUAAUAGUUCAACUUGCAUUUUUUCUCCACAUGCAGACAUUCGUGUACAAGAGGCCAGCUAUGUUUCCAAGAUCUUUGAUUUUUGCUACAGCAUUCAUGGGCUUUUUCUCUGUAGUUAUUGCAUUGUUCAAGGAUAUACCCGAUAUUGAAGGGGAUAAAAUAUUUGGCAUUCGAUCUUUUUCGGUGCGGUUAGGUCAAAAGCGGGUAUUCUGGAUUUGUGUCUCACUUCUUCAAAUGGCUUAUGGAGUCGCUCUUCUGAUGGGAGCAUCAUCUUGUAACCUUUGGAGCAAAAUAAUCACAGGUUUGGGACAUUGUCUUUUGGCUUCAAUCCUAUGGUAUCAUGCCAAUUCUGUAGAUCUAAAAAGUAAAGCAGCCAUAACAUCCUUCUACAUGUUUAUUUGGAAGCUAUUUUAUGCAGAGUACUUCAUCAUACCUCUAGUUAGAUGAGAAUGUAGUGACAUUUUUUACUUGAGAAAUGGUACUCCCUUUGUUACAUGUGGACUGUUAAUUAGUUUAAAGAUGAUAAUCGUAAAUAAAGAGUUAUGCAGCAUGGAACCCAAUUCUGUUUGUAAUUAAUUCUUGAUGUUAAGUUUUAGUUAGAUGAUCAUGUAAUAUGAAACUAUUGUUUUUUAUUUUAGGUAUGAUAAAGUGUAGUCAGACCCAAUAAGUACUUGUAAAAAUAUUUGCGGGUGGGGGUGAAUACUUGCUUGUAAAUAUGGGUUUGGAUAUAAAGUGAAUAUAUACUUACAAAAUUGUGUGGGU